AUGCUCCUGGUCGGUAACCCGGGGACAGGGAAGACCCCCACCGCCGAGGCCAUUGCUGAUCAAGUGCGCAAGCCUCUGUAUGCUCUGAGCGCGGGCGAGCUAGGCCAGCAGGCGGAGGGUGUCGAGCGCCGGCUGAGCACAGUGCUGGAGCUCACGGAGAGAUGGGAUGCGGUGCUGCUGUUCGAUGAGUGUGAUGUGUUUCUGCAGGAGUGGUCGGGGAACCAGAUGCAGCAUAACGAGGUGGUGGCUGUUUUUCUUCGCUGCUUGGAAUACUACCGCGGGAUCAUGAUCAUGACCUCCAACCGCGCGGACGCGAUCGAUGGAGCCUUUCAGAGUCGGAUUCAUCUCACCCUACACUAUCCCGACCUGGAUGGGGCUGCGAGGGAGCAGAUUUGGCGACGGUGUCUGACUCGGUCCAAGUGCCAGCAUGCGUUGACCGAUGAGGAGGUCCGGCGUCUGGCGCUGGUUACGAUCAACGGACGGCAGACCAAGAACACCGUCAGGGUGGCGGCGCUGCUUGCGUCGCAUAUCUAG